AUGCAGGACACUCCCGUGGGGCAGGCCAGCUACAAGGCCUGGCACUGGAACCGGCGCUGCGGCCAGUUCCUGCGGGCCGUGCUCAGGACACAGCGCGUGUGGCACGGGGCCGUGCAGCGGAAGUGGAUGCGGAGCUGCCACGGCGCCGCCGUGGUGCUGCAGAGGCACACCAGGGGUCUGCUCGUGCGCGUGGCCCUCGACAAGGGUGGCCGCGAGCUGGCGCGGAAGCACCAGGCGGAGCUCACCGAGCUGCUGCGGCAGAAGGGCCAAAUGCAG